GCCGGCCUGCAGAGGGCGACAUUGCUUCGCCUCUGCCCCUGUCCAUUUACAUGAAGAAAAAUGGCGGACAGGAGCUGUGGAGGCUUCAUGGGCUGAGCUGCUGGCAGUUUAGAAACAACAGAAGGGCCCACAGUCACCGUGGAAGGGGGCCAGCUUGCAGGGAGGACACUGCUGUACGGGCAGGGCAAGGCUGAUCUCUAGCUGACCAAAAAUUAAUUUAUUUUUAUUUUUUUGCCUCGAAACGAGAAGCUAGAGCCGAGCGAGUAGCCACGACAGAAAACAAGUCGGACAUGAACGGGGAGAUCGUAUGCAGUAGCCAUUCAGUCACCGUCUUAAGCUGCACCAGGUCCCUAUCACCAGUUCAUGAUGAAAAUACGAUCAAGGUGACUCAGGAGGGAAGGCGCUCUCCGAUGUGCUGCCAGCACAAUGACGCCCAGAGGCAGGGAGAAGGCAGGAGAACAAACGCCAUCAGCCCCACACCAAAAGACUCAAAGGCUGCACUCUCAGAGAUGGAGAGCAGCUACAGCCAGUGUUCACCCUGCUGGUCAGAUGAACAGCCGUCGCCUCCGCAGCUCUACUGCACUCAGUCCUGCCUUCGCUCCUCCGCCGACCUCCCCCUGCCCCUCAGCAGCAGCUUAUCUCACACUCCCCUCCACGCCAACAACAGCAGCGCCCUCCACAGCAAACCGCGGAGAGGAGUCCUCCUCAAGGUCAAAGGAAAGAAAUCCACACUAAGGAUUGCAGGAGGGAAAAACUCCCAAAACAGAAAAGUUACUGACUACUAUCCAAUAAGACGGAGCUCGAGAAAAAGCAAAACAGAGCUUAAGUGUGAAGAAAAGAAGCACAUAGAUGAUCUCAUCACAAAGGGAAUAGAGGAAGGAAUGGAGGUGCAACACAUUGAAGGAAAGGGCAGAGCCGUGUUUGCCACUCGGUGCUUCCAGAAAGGCGAGUACGUGGUGGAGUAUCACGGAGACCUGCUGCAGAUCACCGACGCCAAAAAGAGGGAGGCUGAAUACGCUCAAAACCCUGCCACUGGCUGCUACAUGUACUACUUCCAGUACCUCUGCAAAACAUACUGUGUGGACGCCACAAAAGAGACUGGUCGAAUGGGGAGGCUGAUAAACCACAGUAAGAACGGAAACUGCCAAACCAAACUCCAUGACAUCAACGGCGUCCCUCACCUCAUCCUCGUCGCCUCUCGGGACAUCGACGAGGGCGAGGAGCUGCUCUACGACUACGGGGACCGCAGUAAGGCCUCCAUCGCGGCUCACCCGUGGCUCAAAUACUGAUUCCUCCUGAAAGAGCAGGGAAACGUUCAGUAACGCUUGUGUUUCUCAUUAGCUAGUGUACAAAAUGCCUUAGAGACAGAAUGUGUCCCCUUUUUGUUCAGUAUAGAGGAAGUCGGGGCGGUGGUUAUGGGUUCAGAGGGGGGUUUGUGGGGUACUUAUCACAUUUCAGUUGAGGUCCACCUGCCUCGUCAGAUGGACGUCGGUACUUUUUAUUUAUGUGUUUAUGAGACGUUCUGGUUGUUUUGCAGCACAUUUAUUUUGUACAUUUUGUACCACCUAUAGAUGCUUUACAGCAUGCAGGUGGUAGUUAAUGCUCUGCAUUUUUAUACUGCUUUUUCUUAAUUAGUCGUUAGCAAUACUUGUAUUUAUGGCCCCAGAGCCCUUUUGGAUCAGCAACAACUAUGAGAUGCAAACUUGCAAACCCUUUUUUUAAAGAAAAAAAAAAAUAUAUAUAUAUAUAUAUAUUCAGUUCUGAGUGGAAUUUGAUUUCAGCCAUCGAAACUCUCACAGUCUCCCCGUGUUAUGUGGAGGUGUAACAGUUUACCAAACUCGAGCUUCAGCUGGCGAUUUUGGCUCCUGAUUAUAAAAUAUUUUACUUUUUUGAAGUGUAAAAUAAUGUUGAACACACAGACAAGCUACAGAAACCGAUUAAAUGAAUAGUUUUCCUCCUUCUUUCACACAUUCUUUUAGACUAUAUUGUAUUUUUUUAAUGUUUAAAAUGCAUUUGAAUUAUCAUGUACAUGUUGCAUUAAUACACAAGCUGAUACCCGCAGUACGUUCUGUCACGGUCAUUAAAACAGAAACGUGUAUGAAAGCUGGCGGGUAAACAUCUCAGUUCUCAGCUGUCAGAGCUUCCUUCUGUUUCACUUUAAUAGAAAAUCUUCCACUCAUGACACUCAUGUCUAAUAUUGCUGCACUGUGUAAAUAUAUUUAUUGGCUCGCUGUUGCAAAUCCAAGCGUGAUUUAAAGGACUAGUUUGACAUUUUGGGAAGUUUUCACCUUCUUGCAAAGAGUCCGACGAUGUGACUCUCGUAUCGCACGCUUAUCACUGGUGGCCAUCGUCGUGUUUGGCCUGUCAUGGCGGGAAGGAGCGUCACGUUCUGUGGCUGAAUGAUGAGGGGGAAAAAUCCAAACAGUUUGAGGAAACUCAAAACCAGUGACUGAAAAAUAAACGAGUAAAACGUCUUCUGUCUGACCAAACUGGAACAUUUAUGCCAGUUUGGGUUUAAUGAACUGAAAAUGCUGAUCAGUUUACUAAACUUUAUGUGAUGGCUUUUUUAUUAUAAGCUUUUAACACUGAAAGUGAUCACAAGCUGCCCAAAAUACAAACCAAAUAAAAUUGAACAGACUGGAAGGCAGAUUAAGCCAGGCUAACUGCUUCCUCUUGUUCCCAAUCGUGAUGCUAAGCUAAGCUAAUAGCCUGAUGUCUGCAGCUUGACAUCUGACUGACAGAAAUGAGAGACGUUAUCAUCGAAAAGCAAGAAAGCGAUUUAAAGUAUUUCCCAAAAUGUCAAAGAAGCCAAGGAAAAAGAAAAAGAACUGCAUGUCUUUCACGUCACGUGUCACGCUUUGUUUCACACAAGAAACCAGCCUGUCCAACAUGUCCAGUGUCUGGACAGGAAGUGAGUUUGGUGAACUCUUACAGCCUCUGCAGGUUUUCUAAACGCUCACAGACAGCCAGGCGUUCCACGUGAAAGUGAGGGUGUUUAGUUUAGGUGACCUCGCCGUGUACUCGCCGUUAAAUGGAGCAUGAAGGUCACAUUUAAAGAGUCCUCCGACCACACGUUUCUUAUUUAUCUUGAUUUGUGUUUUAUUUAUCCUCAUCUAGCAAAUCACUAAGAGACACUUUAUUACAUUCCUCUUAACUAAAUAGCACACAGGCAUUAAUCUUUUGUCUCCCAAUGAAAUAACAAUUUUAAACAAAGAUGUCACAUGAUCACGUACUUUUAUUUUGUUGUACAGCACUCUCUUCCUACAGCUGCUGUUUGUACUGCAGCCGAUGUCAUCUCAGUUAUUAUAGAUCUUUUUUUUUCUUUAUUGGUAUCAUAAUUUUGGAAAUCACACUGGCUUUGUUGUAAAGAAAAUGUUUGAUGUCUGCUUUCUUCCCAAGAGGUAGAUGAGAAGAUUGACACCACUCUCAUAUCUUUCUGUUUAAUGUUAAGCUACAGCAAGACGGUAGUUAGCUUAGCGCCAGCACCUCUGAAGCUCAGUAAUUAGCAUCUUAUCCCCCCAGUCUCUAUGCUAAGCUAACCUAAGCUAAGCUACUUACCUCCUGGUUGUAGCUUCAAACUGAAAGCAGCAGAUCUAACUUUCUGCAAGAAAAUGAAAAAACGUAUUUUCCAAAAUGUUGAACUGAAUUUAAUGUUUUAGUGAUUUGUAGCAGGUCAGGCUAUGGAGGCCCACAGGCUGAUGAACCAAACGUAGUCCAUCCUCUCCGCCUCUUUCAUGUUGUACAGGACAUUAAAGUGUAAACCACAGUAGGAGAGCGAGUCCGGUUUCCACAAUAAUCAGUCUGAUCCAUCUGUUUUUAAUUUGAUUUGAGAAGAAGUCUGGUCAGAGCCCAGUCAUACAAACGUGUCAGGAAACCCGCUGUGUGUAACACAUGAUGCCACCUCUAACAGUAGCAUUGUGUCACGUGUGAAGUGAGCCUUUCUUAAUCGUGGUGGAUUUACUCCUUUCUUCAUGAAGAACUGAUGCAAUAAUAACCUGAGGGGCAAACCGACCUGUCGGCCAUUUUUAGGACAUAAUAGACCUUUGCUGUUGUAGCGCUGAAUAAAUCUUAAUGCUGGGGUUUAGGCAUCGACAAAUAAAGAUGUUAAUAUGCAAGUAA